CUGAGUUAUCAAGAGUCGUGGAGCCGUUUUGCACCAAUAGUUCACGGAACAUAUCGUGGUUCCUUGGGGUUGUUAAACAGCAUUCCACCCACUCAAAGACAACCUCUCUAGUCCGCCACCACCGCCUCCUCCUCCUCCUCCGCUGGAUCUCCGCCGCCGCAUCCCUCACUCUCGACCCACCAAAAUGGACGGCUCCAUCGUCCUCUACCCUUCUCCUGGAAGAGGUCACCUCGCCUCCAUGGUAGAGCUCGCGAAGCACAUCCUUUGCCACCACCCUUCCUUCUCCGUCACCGUCCUCCUCCUCUCCACCCCACCUCCGGACACCCAUUUCAUUGCCGCCAUCUCCGCCUCCCACCCUUCAAUCACCUUCCACCAUCUGCCUGCCGUCUCCGUCCCCAACUCCGACCACCUCUCCUCUUCCUCUCCCGCCAACUUCAUCUACUCCACCUUCGAAAUCGUCAGCCUUCUAAACCCGACGCUCCACCAGACUCUAGGCUCUCUCUCCAGGUCCUCCGACAUCAAAGCGUUUGUCAUCGACUUCUUUUGCAACGCCGCCUUCGGCGUCUCCGCCUCCCUCAACAUCCCGACCUACUACUACUACACCUCUGGCGCGAGCGGGUUGGCUUUAUUUCUCUACAUUCCCACUCUCCACAAGAAGUACCCCGAGGGCUUCAAAGACCUCAACGUGCCCAUUCAGGUCCCUGGCUUCCCCCCAGUCUCACCCCGAGACAUGCCCAUGGUCAUCAGCGACCGGAGCCUCAGGGUCUACAGCCAUUUUUUGGACACGGCGAUUCAGAUGGCUAACUCAGCCGGCAUCAUCGUCAACACAUUCGACUCGUUCCAAGCCAGCGCCCUCAAGGCUCUGAGGGACGGCCUCUGCGUGCCGGAUGGAGCCACUCCUCCGACGUACUGUGUCGGGCCACUGGUGGCGUCCGGUGGAGGAAUCGAAGGCGGUAGCGAGAGGCACGAGUGCUUGGGCUGGCUCGAUUCACAGCCGUCCCGAAGUGUGCUGUUCCUGAGCUUCGGGAGCAUGGGUGUUUUCUCGACGAGGCAGCUGAAGGAAAUGGCAUUAGGGUUGGAGAGGAGCGGAGUGCGGUUCUUGUGGGUGGUGCGGGUCCCGCCGCCACACGACGAGGCUCGGCGCACGUCGGUUGAGCUGGAGCCGAGCGCCAAGUCGUUCCUGCCCGAAGGGUUUGUGGAUAGGACGAGAGGGAGGGGGAUGAUAGUGGAGUCGUGGGCCCCACAAGUGGAGGUGCUGAGCCACGGCUCGGUGGGCGGGUUCGUGACUCACUGUGGGUGGAACUCGAUUCUAGAGGCGGUGUGCCACGGCGUGCCCAUGCUGGCCUGGCCUCUCUACGCGGAGCAGAGGUUGAAUAGGGUCUACUUGGUGGAGGAGAUGAAGCUGGCUCUGUCCGUCACCGAGUCAGAGGAAGAAGAUGGGCUUGUCUCGGCGGAUGAGCUGGAGGAGCGAGUGAAUGAGCUGAUGCGAUCGGAGAAAGGGAGAGCAAUAAGGGAUCGAGUCCUGGCCAUGCGAGAAGCCGCGACCGCCGCGCUGAGCAAGGGCGGGUCUUCCCUAUCGGCCCUCGCCAAGUUGAUCGGGUCGAUCAAAGCCGGGUUGAGCGAAGUGGAUGUUCACGACCUGGUCACGAGCUCCGUGGGAGUUGUCGGUGAUGUGGGCGGCGCCAGCACAGUUAUGAUCUCCAGUUGAAGUAUCGUUUUCUUGUGGUUUUAGGAUUUCUGAAAGAAAGAAAUAAUUCGAGGGCAAAGAAGCUUGUGCAUGUGGGAUGGUCUCCCGUUCGUGGAUAUACAGCAAUCUCUAGAAUUUAAAUCGGAAGGAUCACUGAUGGAUUUUCGAUCUUUAGUAAAGUCAAUCUUUUGUUGUCUUCUGGAAUUUCUUUCUCUGGUGUUAGCGAGUGUACCGUGCAAUGUUUAAGUGCCAUUCACUGGGAGUACACGCAACACAUAUAUAUGCGGACAGCAAAUCUUCGUUCCGUCGAAGUAUCUCAAUAAUUAUUUUCUUGUGGCUUGAGAAUAAGAAGCAGUCAAAUUUUUGAAACGUGAA